AUGCCCACUCCAGUUAUAGAUGUUGAGAAACUCAUUUCGAGUGUCUUGGAAGCAGAAUGCCCAACAAUAAGUAUUUUGCAUGAGAAAUCUCUGAUCGAGGCGAACAAGAUUUUCUUAGAGAAACAUAAAGAUUCCUUAAUGCACAGAGUUGCUGCUGCAGAACUACUGUAUGCUUUACAACCUGACAAGAAAGCUGAGGCUGUUAAGCUAAUUGAGGACGCAACAAACAAUCCAGUGACAAGGUGAUAGAUGUUGUACAUUGGGUGUGCCUGUUUCUGGGGUUUAGCCUUUUAUCAAAAAAAAAUAAAAAAUACA